AUGUCUGUUUCCGUACAAGAGCUGGACAACACUGUCCAAGCGUUCUUCGAAGGCAAAGGUGACGUGCAAAAACAAGCGCAGCAAUCUUUGACCGAAUUCAAGCAAAAUCCUGAUGCAUGGGUAACCGUGGGCAACAUUCUCCAAGAAGCUUCUUACCCGCAAACCAAGUACAUUGCCCUACAAGUUCUCGACGAUGUGAUUAUGACCCGGUGGAAGGUCCUUCCAAGGGAUCAAUGCCAAGGCAUUCGCAACUUCAUCGUCAACUUCAUUAUCGAGAAUUCUAGCUCCGAGGAGAAGCUUCGCACCGAACGCGCUUUCUUGAACAAAUUGAAUCUGGUCCUGGUCUCCAUCCUGAAGCAGGAAUGGCCGCACAACUGGCCAACUUUUAUCAAUGAGAUUAUUUCGUCCUGCCAUGCCAGUCUUUCCAUUUGCGAAAACAACAUGGCUAUUCUUCGCCUGCUGUCCGAGGAAGUUUUCGACUUUUCUCAAGACCAGAUGACUUCGGUGAAGGCGAGAAAUCUUAAGACCUCCAUGACCCAGGAAUUUGCCUCGAUCUUCCAACUCUGCUCGGAAGUUCUCAACACCGCCAACCAGACCAGCCUUGUCAAGGCAACUCUCGAAACCCUUCUUCGUUUCCUUAACUGGAUUCCCUUGGGUUACAUCUUCGAAACCCCGAUCAUCAACACUCUCCUCACUCGUUUCUUGGAUAUUCCGGACUUUCGCAAUGUAACUCUUAAGUGUCUGACUGAGAUCGGAGGCCUGCAGAUUGGAGCACCGUACAACUAUGAUGAGAAGCUGGUGUUCAUGUUUACCGAAACACUGACCAAGGUCUCGAAUGUCAUCCCCUUGAGUUUGGAUCUGAAGGAGACCUACGCCCAAAGCAACGGCAGAGAUCAAGAGUUUGUAUCGAACCUGGCACUCUUCUUGUCCAGCUUUUUCAGUGCCCAUUUGGAUCUCAUCGAGAAGCUUCCCAACCAAGAUUACCUUACUCACGCCCAUUUCUACCUUAUCCGAAUCAGCCAGAUCGACGAUCGUGAGGUUUUCAAGAUCUGCUUGGACUAUUGGACCCGGCUCGUACAGGAGCUGUACGAGGAGAUGCAGCAACUGCCUAUCACCGACAUCAACCCGCUCGUCACCAUGGGUGUCAGUGGUCUCUCCAAUGGUGGUGCUCCCCACCCUAGUGCCCUCGCCAACUAUCCCCUCCGCAAACAUAAGUACGAGACGGUUCUGUCCAACCUUCGUACCGUUAUGAUCGAGAAGAUGGUUCGCCCCGAGGAAGUUUUGAUUGUUGAGAAUGAUGAGGGUGAGAUUGUUCGCGAAUUCGUCAAGGAAAGCGACACCAUUCAACUCUACAAGACUAUCCGUGAGUGCUUAGUCUACUUGACACAUCUGGAUGUGGUGGACACCGAGACCAUCAUGAUCGACAAAUUGGCCAAGCAAGUCGAUGGGAGCGAAUGGUCAUGGGUGAACUGCAACACCCUCUGCUGGGCGAUCGGAUCGAUUUCCGGUGCUAUGAAUGAAGAAACAGAAAAGCGAUUCUUGGUUACCGUGAUUAAGGACCUUCUGGGCCUCACCGAGCAAAAGCGCGGAAAGGAUAACAAGGCCGUUGUGGCAAGUAACAUCAUGUAUAUUGUGGGCCAAUACCCGCGGUUCUUGAAGGCCCACUGGAAGUUCUUGAAGACUGUUGUGAACAAGCUCUUUGAGUUUAUGCACGAAACCCACGAAGGUGUCCAGGACAUGGCCUGCGAUACUUUCAUCAAGAUCGCCAACAAAUGCCGACGUCACUUUGUGGCCCUUCAACCCGGAGAGAACGAGCCGUUCAUUGAGGAAAUUGUUCGAAACAUGCGCAAGAUCACCAUGGACCUCUCGCCCCAGCAAAUCCACACCUUCUACGAAGCGUGUGGCUACAUGAUCUCUGCACAGGGCCAGAAGGGACUCCAGGACCGCCUGAUUGAGAAUCUUAUGGCAUUGCCCAACUCGGCUUGGGAUCAGAUCAUCGCCGAAGCCAACCAGAAUGCCGCCAUUCUCCAGGAUUCAAACACAAUCAAGAUCAUCGGAAACAUCAUGAAGACCAAUGUCGCGGCAUGCUCUUCCAUCGGAACAUACUUCUACUCCCAAAUCGGCCGCAUCUAUCAUGACAUGCUGAACAUGUACCGUGCUUCGAGUCAGCUCAUCAAUGACGCAGUGGCGAAUGAUGGACUCAUUGCCCCAAAGACCCCUAAAGUUCGGGGUUUGCGCACCAUCAAAAAGGAAAUCUUGAAGCUGAUCGAUACCUAUGUGGAGAAGUCCGACGACACCGAUAUGGUCAACGCCAACAUGGUGCCACCUCUGCUUGAGGCAGUUCUCAUUGACUACCACCGCAAUGUUCCUGACGCACGCGAGGCCGAGGUUCUGAAUGUGAUGACAACCAUUAUUCACAAGCUCCACAACCUGAUGGAAGACAAAAUUCCCAGCAUCAUGGAGUGUGUGUUUAGCUGCACCUUGGAGAUGAUUAACAAGGAUUUCCACGAGUAUCCGGAGCAUCGUGUUCAAUUUUUCAAGCUCCUCCAGGCCAUCAACUUGUACUGCUUCCCGGCACUCCUGAAACUCGAUGCCACGCAGUUCAAGUUUGUCAUUGAUUCUUGCAUGUGGGCAUCCAAGCAUGACAACCGCGAGGUCGAGAAUACUGGACUUUCCAUGUGCCUGGAAUUGAUGAACAACAUGGCUGAGACUGACCUGCAAACGUCGACUAUCUUCUUCCGCCAGUUCUACAUCCCAAUCCUCCAAGAUGUGUUCUUUGUCUUGACUGACAGCGAUCACAAGGCUGGCUUUAAGUCUCAAGCCAUGCUUUUGUCUCGCAUGUUCCUGUUCGUCGAAUCCGGCAAGAUUCAAGAAUCCAUAUAUACGCCCGAUCAGGCACCUGUGGGAACCUCGAACAAGGACUUCCUUCAGGAAUACGUCGCCAAUCUGCUACAUAACGCGUUCAAAAACCUCCAAGAUCUCCUCAAGGCCAUGCUAACCCAAACUUCUCCGAACAGUGUUCAGAUCAAGCAGUUCGUCAUCGGGCUUUUUGCUUACACCGACGACUUGAACAAGUUCAAGACUCACCUUCGUGAUUUCUUGAUCUCCCUGAAGGAGUUCUCCGACGACAAUGCAGAUCUUUAUGCGGAAGAGCGUGAGCAGGCUGUGCGCGAUGCGCAGACUGCCGAACGUAACCGAGCCAUGAAAGUCGGAGGCUUGCUGAAGCCAUCGGAGAUGGACCAGGAGGAUGAACUAUGA